AUGGUAAAGAGGGCAAUCAAAGCUGUAUUGAAGAGGAUUGAUGCUGGUUUUCAAGACCAAUUUCGUAGAAUAAGGGAUUAUGCUACUGAAAGUAUGAAUUCUAAUCCCGAUACCUCUGCUUAUGUAAAAACCAAUAAAACAAUACCCGAAUGUCCUUGUGUUUUUCAGAGAUUCUAUGCUUGUUUUGCCCCUGUAAAGAAAGGGUUUUUAGAAGGAUGUAGAAAAGUAAUUGGGUUAGAUGGAUGUUUUUUGAAGGGAAUGUUGAAAGGUGAAAUAUUGAGUGCAGUUGGUAGAGAUGCUAACAACCAAAUGUGUCCUAUAGCCUGGGGGAUUGUAGAGAUAGAAAACACUGAUUCUUGGGGUUGGUUUCUUGGGGAAUUGAAGGCAGAUUUGGGCAUCACUAAUACUUUCCCUUGGACUAUAAUUAGUGACCAACAAAAGGGAUUAACACAUGUGAUUAAAGAGUUGUUUCCUGACGCUGAGCACUGUAACUGUGCAAGACAUGUGCACGCCAAUUGGAGUAAGCUACAUAGAGGCAAAGUGUUGAAAAAACACUUUUGGAUGUGUGCAAAGGCUACCAAUGAACCUGAAUUCCAAGAACAAAUGAAAUGUUUAGGAAAGAUGGACCCUAUAACAAAAGUUGACUUAGAAAGGUACCCUCCAAGAUUUUGGUGCAAGGCUUUCUUUAGAACAACUGUCAAGUGUGAUGCUGUGGAUAACAAUCUCAGUGAGGCUUUUAAUAACACCUUGGUCAAAGCAAGAGUCAAGCAUGUUAUCCCUAUGUUAGAAGACAUAAGAGUAGGGGUGAUGCGGAGGAUUGCAAAAAAAUUUAAAGCGGUGGAAAGCUGGACUGGAAAUUAUGGACCAUUGAUCAUGAAGAAGUUGGAUACAAAUAUACAUGAAAGUAUGGGGUGGAAGGUUGAUUUCAAUGGAGAUGAUGGUUAUGAAAUUAAGAAAGGGAGACAACAAUUCAAGGUCAAACUUGCAAGUAGAAGUUGCUCGUGUAGGGCAUGGGAUCUUUCUGGUAUACCAUGCCCACAUGCAAUAUGCGCCAUCUUCGACAUUGGAAGGGAACCUCAUGAGUACAUUGACUCAUGCUAUUCAAAAGAGGCAUAUCUAAGGACCUACGCCCAUACACUUCAACCAAUGAAUGGAGAGCUAUUCUGGCCAAAGACACAAAAUGAGGAGAUACUUAACACGUGA